AUGGGCCACGAUAUUGCUAAGCGCGCAAUUGUAGUAUCCUGCAAAGCUACUGGUCUUAGCACUACUACUAUUUCAGAGCUAUCUGGCCUUUCGACGCGCACCGUCAACCGCAUAUAUGAAAGAGCCCUUGCAAAUGGCUUUGACCCAAACUCGCGUCCUUGGAAUAUCUCUGACGAUAUGCUAGCUGAUGCCCCUCGCUCUGGAAGGCCGACAAAACAGACGACAGAUGUGCAAACUCAAGUGCUUUCAAAAGUACAAACUGACGAGAACGGCCGCGAAAAAACCUGCACUGAUAUUGCUGGAGAAAUGAGCCUCGAAGGACAUGAUAUCUCGUCGACUACUGUCUGGCGGAUCCUGAAAAAGGCCGAAUCACAAAAAAAGGCACCUACCAAAAGCCCGAUUUAA